AUGAGAGAAGAAGUUGAGCCCUACUUAAAAGAACUUCAUUGGCUCAAGGUACAAGAACGUAUUGAAUUUAAAAUACUCCUGCUAACUUUCAAACUGCUCCAUGGGCUAGCACCUUCAUACCUGUCAAACCUUGUCAAGUACAAUUCCAGUGGUGGCAGAGAUGUGUCUCUUCAUUGCCCCAUAAACAGUCCACCCAGAGCCUUCUCUUCAUCUGCUCCAAGAUUAUGGAACAAUCUUCCUCAAGAAAUCAGGAAAUGUGUAAACAUCAAGGACUUUAAGGGAAAACUUAAAGCUCACCUGUUUAGAAAGUCCUUUGAUUUGUACUGA